AACAAAAAUUGAAAAUAACUAAGUUAAGAAAAUGAGUGGAAACAAAAACAUGAAUCGAGCUUCAAGUUCAGGUGCAAACAAUGCUAUCGUCGACACUGAGGCCGAGCAGCUAUCUCAGCGCCUACAUGAUCUGCUGCUCCCCAUGGCCAAUGUGACGAGACUCAUGCGUGAUAUUCUUCCGAUGAAUGCAAAACUCGACGACGACUCCAAAGAGACUGUCCAAACCCUAACGAACCAUUUCAUCAAUCGUAUCACAAAAAAAGCUAAAGAACGUUCCCAAAGGGAGCAACGUAAGACUGUGGGAGCUGAGGAUAUUCUUUGGGCCAUGAACAAAAUGGGCCUGACUAACUAUGCUGAGAUUUUAACCCUAUACCUCCACAGGUAUCGUGAAAAGGAUCCAAUGGGCUAUUUGAGCGCACGCAGGUGCAAUAUUGUCAGGCCCAAUUUUGAAUUAGCUCUUGCUCCACCCACUGCGUCCAACCCAAUUUUGCCCAUCAACAGUGCACCCAUGCCGGGUUUUCCCUACCCGUAUUUAGCAUCAAAUGUGCUGUUUUAUGAUCCUGCUACAGCUUCCCUGGUAACUUCCAGGGACCUACAGAUGGCAGAGAAAGAUGAUGGUGCUGGUGAUUCAUCUUCUUCAACUGCCGAUCCAUAUGGACAGUUCAGACAGUAAACUGAUGAUCAUGAGUACAAGGUGGCGGCAUGGCGUUGCAAUAUCCCAGCUGGAAUAAUAAUGUUUUAAGUAUGUUUCAUCGUUUGAACUUUAUUUGGAGUACCGAGUCUUUUCAGUGUCUUGUUUGUUUUUCAAGUUUCUGCGUGUGUUUUUAAGUUUCCUUGUUAAGAACUUUAUGCUAUGUACUAAUAAGCCACCUGUGUUGUAUCCUUGUUAAGAACUUUAUGCUAUGUACUAGUAAUCUACCUGUGUUUCGUAAUAAAUAAAUGUGACUGUUAAUCAGUUCCUUGUGUUUGAACCUGGACAUGAAGAUUAGUUGCAUGAUGCUUAUAGUCCACUUUCUUCUUCUUGUGAAAAGAAUAGACCUAUGGUUGAUCAUGACUCUUCUAAAAUGUUGUCACACUUGUAUUUGAUCCUCCAAAAAUGCACUAUUACAUUUUGGAAGAUCCGCCUUGCAUGCCGUGACAUUUUGAAGAG